UCUACGUCGUCCCUACCCUCUCACCCACUAUUAUAAAAUUAAAGCGAUGUCUACAAAGGUUAUCAUCGUCGGUGGUGGGCUUGCUGGUCUAUCAGCAGCACACACUCUCCUCGAGCGCGGUGCCAACGUCCUCCUGCUCGACAAGCAGGGGUUCAUGGGUGGGAACUCUACCAAAGCCACUUCGGGAAUCAACGGUGCCGGUACACGCGCACAGCAGGAACUCGGCAUCCCCGACAACGCCAAGAUCUUCUUCGAUGAUACCAAGAAGUCUGCGCGUGAGCUCGCAAGGGACGACCUGAUCAAGGUACUUACUGGCAAGUCUGGCGAGGCCGUCAACUGGCUCGAGGACAGGUUCGGUCUCGACCUUUCUCAGGUCGCGCGGCUUGGCGGUCACUCUCAGCCUCGUACGCACCGUGGUGGUGCCCAGUUCCCCGGUAUGGUUAUCACCUACGCCCAAAUGGAGCGUCUGGAAGACCUCGCCGUGUCCAUCCCUGACCGUGUCAAGAUCCUCAAAAAGGCACGUGUGACCAAGCUCGUACAACAGGGUGGCAAAGUCGUGGGUGUUGAGUAUACACACGACGGCCAGACGCACACCGAGUACGGGCCCGUUAUCCUCGCUACUGGUGGGUAUGCGGCCGAUUUCACCGAAGACUCGCUCUUGAAGAAGUACCGCCCCGAGUUCUUGCACUUGCCUACCACGAACGGCGACCAUUGUACCGGUGACGGGCAGAAGAUGGCUAUGGCGAUCGGAGCGGAGGGUGUCGACCUCGAGAAGGUCCAGGUGCACCCGACAGGGUUGGUAGACCCCAAGGACCCAGAUGCUAAGGUCAAGUUCCUGGCUGCUGAGGCUCUCCGCGGUGUCGGCGGUCUGCUACUUGACAACACCGGCUCCCGCUUCGUCGACGAAUUGCAGCAUCGUGAUUUCGUAACAGGCAAGAUGUGGGAGAACGGCAAGUUCCCCAUCCGUCUUGUGCUCAACGGCGAGGCGAGCAAGCAGAUCGAGUGGCAUUGCAAGCACUAUGUCGGCCGUGGGCUGAUGAAGCGCUACGAGAGCGGCGAGGCGCUCGCCAAGGACAUGGGGCUCAGGCCUGAGGUGCUCAAGAAGACGUUCGACGAGUACAACAAGAUUGCCGAGGCCAAGAAGGAUCCUUUCGGAAAGAAGUUCUUCGCGGGCGGCAAGUGGUCCAUGAACGAUUAUUUCAACGUCGCCCUCAUGACCCCUGUGCUGCAUUACACUAUGGGUGGCCUUGGGAUCGACGACCACUCCCGUGUGCUGAACAAGGCGCAAGAGGUCAUCCCCGGUCUCUUCGCGGCUGGUGAGGUUGCUGGAGGUGUCCACGGUGCCAACCGUCUUGGUGGUUCCUCCCUGCUUGGCUGCGUCGUCUUCGGCCGUGUAGCAGGGGAUGCCGCCGCCGCCUACCUCCUGCAGAACGCGUCCAGCAAGGCUACGGAACGUCUUGGUGCCGUCGCUAGCCACCUGCUCGAGACUCGCGUCCGGAUCAACCCCAACGACAAGCAGGUCACCCUCACUUUCGCCUGGGACGGCGACUCCGCUCCUUCCACUUCUGCCUCGGCUCCUGCUCCUGCUCCUCCCGCCACCUCCGCCCCUGCGCGGCAAGGCGAGUCCCUAGCUGCGCCAGAACCCGAGAAGCGCGAAGCCCCUAAGACCGAGUCCGCCUCUGCGAGCCAUUCCGGCGCCUACUCCGCCGCCGAAGUCGCCAAGCACAACAAGAAAGACGACUGCUGGGUGAUCAUCAACGGGCAAGUACUUGACGUGACUAAGUUCCUCCCUGACCAUCCUGGUGGAGAGAAGGCGAUCUUGCUCUAUGCCGGGAGGGACGCGACGGAGGAGUUCAACAUGCUUCAUGAUCCCAAGGUCAUCCAGCGGUACGCGCCGGACACUGUCAUCGGGGACCAUAAGGAGUAGAAGGUCCGCUGACAAUCCGGAAAAUUGUCAGAGGGGACGCUGCUCCGGGCGCAUGACGAUCGCCCUUGCUUGGAUGUAGGACUCGACUGCUCGCUCAUGGUUUGCUCACACAACAAUGUCUAUGCUGUUAUUCAUGUUAUUCUUCUGCACAAGCUGUGUAUAGGCCAGACAAAUAUAUAUAUAUCC